CCAAUAACUCUCAGGAAUACAUUCGCCCAAAUCCAAAACCCUAGCUCCACCACAGCGCCUCCGCCGCCUCUCGCCGUCAUACGCAUCCUCCUCCCCGCCGCGCUCUGCGGGAGUCUCCCAGCUAUCUCUCGCGGAGCAUCUAAGGUGCAUGUAGGAGAAGAUGGCUCUAGCAAUCUCUAUGGAAGCCAUCGAUGCGAGGGCGCGGGAGCUGGGGAUCGACAUCGACUCCGUCGAUGUCGACUCCAUCACCCUUCCACCCGGCGAGGACUUCGAUAUCCUCAGUGAUGACGAGGAUUUACUUCACAAUGAGGAUCUUCCAGAGCUUGAAAUGGGUUUUGCAAACAUUAUUGUAGUGGAUAAUCUGCCUGUUGUACCCCCAGAGAAGUAUGAGAAGCUGGAAAAUGUUGUACGCAAGAUCUAUAGUCAAAUUGGUGUGAUCAAAGAAGGUGGGCUUUGGAUGCCUACGGACCCAGAGACAAAGAAGACCCUUGGCUACUGCUUCAUUGAGUAUAAUACCCCACAGGAAGCUGAACUUGCUAGAGAGAAAACAAAUGGGUACAAACUGGACAAGUCUCAUAUAUUUGCUGUUAAUAUGUUUGAUGACUUCGAUAAGUACAUGAAAGUCCCUGAUGAAUGGGCGCCUGCUGAAAUCAAGCCAUACACUCCGGGGGAAAAUCUACUUAAGUGGCUAACUGAUGAGAAGGCCAGAGAUCAGUUUGUGAUCCGCGCUGGUACUUUCACAGAAGUGUACUGGAACGAUGCUAGACGGGCAAUGCCUGAGCUUGUGUACCAGAAACAGUAUUGGACGGAUAGCUAUAUUCAAUGGUCCCCUCUUGGAACACACCUGGCAACAGUGCAUAGGCAGGGCGCUCAGGUGUGGGGCGGUGAUGAUAAGUUUGUUCGUCUAAUGCGCUUUGCUCAUCCACAGGUGAAACUGAUUGAUUUCUCUCCUGGUGAGAAAUAUUUGGUCACAUAUAGCAGCCAUGAGCCCAGCAACCCUAGGGACACACAUAGGGUUGUGCUAAAUAUCUUUGAUGUAAGGACUGGAAAAGUUAUGCGUGACUUUAAGGGAAGUGCUGAUGAAUUCACUACUGGUGGAAGUAUUGGUGUUUCUGGUGUUUCGUGGCCUAUUUUCAGGUGGGGCGGUGGAAGAGAUGAUAAGUAUUUUGCUAGACUGGGGAAGAAUGUCAUAUCUGUCUAUGAGACUGAGACGUUCUCUCUUCUUGACAAGAAGUCCUUGAAGGUAGAAAAUGUUGUGGACUUCAGUUGGUCACCCACUGAUCCUAUCAUAUCCCUGUUUGUGCCUGAAUUGGGUGGUGGAAAUCAGCCUGCCAGGGUAAGUCUUGUGCAAAUUCCUGGCAAAGAGGAGGUGCGACAAAAAAACCUUUUCAGUGUAAGCGAUUGCAAAAUGUACUGGCAAAACAAUGGAGAAUAUCUUGCUGUCCAAGUAGAUAGGUACACAAAAACAAAGAAGAGCAUUUACACUGGGUUUGAGCUGUUCAGAAUCAAGGAACGGGAUAUCCCAAUUGAGGUAUUUGAGUUGGACAACAAGAAUGACAAGAUAAUUGCCUUUGCAUGGGAGCCCAGAGGUCACCGCUUUGCUGUCAUUCACGGUGAUGGGCCCAAGCCUGAUAUAAGUUUCUACACCAUGCGCACAGUCAACAAUGUGAGCCGUGUGUCCAAACUCACCACACUUAAGGGCAAGCAGGCUAAUGCACUAUUCUGGUCUCCUGCUGGGCGUUUCAUUGUUCUUGCUGGGCUGAAGGGUUUCAAUGGCCAGUUGGAGUUCUACAAUGUUGAUGAUCUUGAGACCAUGGCAACAGGAGAGCAUUUUAUGGCGACUGACAUCAUGUGGGAUCCCACUGGAAGAUUUCUUGCAACUGCAGUUACCUCGGUCCAUGAGAUGGAAAAUGGUUUUCAAAUUUGGUCCUUCAAUGGCAAGCAAAUUUACAAGGUGUCAAAGGAUCACUUUUAUCAGUUCCAUUGGCGCCCAAGGCCACCGUCACUACUUACACCAGAGAAGGAGGAGGAUAUCUCACGAAACCUCAAGAAGUACAGCAAGAAGUACGAACAAGAGGACCAGGACGUUUUCAACCAGGUGGGUGAGCAGGAGCGGAAGAGACGGACACAGCUUCAAGAGGAAUGGGAAGGAUGGGUUGCUAAGUGGAAGCAGCAGCAUGAGGAGGAGCGAGAGUACAGGAUGGCGCUUAGAGGUGGGGAGGACAGUGAGAAGGAAGAAGAAGGUGAAAUCAAGGAGAUUGAGGCGGAGGAGUUGUUGAAUGUCACAGAAGAAGUCGUUUCCUUCGACCAGGAUUAAAGCACUUGAAAGCUUAUGCUAGUCUCUUCUGCUGAGGUCUCUUUGCCAUUGUGUUUAGUUGUUGUCGCUUUGCAAAAUAGGCUCUGUGGAUCAAGCGCAUAAUUUGUCGAUCUUUGUACUAAUGCGCUGUACACUUGUCAUAAAUUUACCAGGCAUGUUUCAAAAAAAUCAAAUUUUGUAGUUGGAAUACUAACAGCCAGUUUUGCACUGUUACAAGAUUUGGCCCAUCUGUGAUUUUGAAGUUCCCUCAAA